AUGUUUCAUAGUAGCAAAUCCUCGAAAGUUACUCUGCACAAGAAACUCUUUGCACCGGUGUCGAUUACUAGUGCUCUGGGAUCUGGCUCUUCGACAGAACCUAAAGCAACGAUACCGGUUUUGUUACCAGCGGAAUCCUUAUUAGAGACAGAAGUGCAAUCGGAAGUACAAAUAGAAACACAGGAACAAGAUAUUGAUACUCAAGCGGAACACAAAGUUGUUGCAAACAGUAUCCAGGUUCUACCUCCUAGUCCUCCUCGAUCUCCCUUUUAUCCUUCCUCCUCAUCUCACCAAUCCUCACACCAAUCCUCAACCCACAGACGAAACAUGUCUUCAACCUCCACCACAACCACACAGUUCGGCUCUCCACCCCCUUCCUACACACCUUUCGUUACAAAUUCUCUCCCUCCUCAAGCCUAUCCAUAUCACGUGCAGAACCAAUACGUCCAAGCAAACGGGUAUCGAUACCCGAAUGGAAAUAUGUAUAGCAAUGGAUUUUCAGCAGGUAAUCAACAUGUAAAUGCGCCUCUGAAUCAUCAACUUAUUCAUAGAACGGGCUUUGCAUCUCCGUCCCCUUCUCCGUCUCCGGGUUUGCAACUUCCUGAUCUGGUUGAUGAGGUGUUGAGAUUGAGAGAUCGGUUGAAUUUGUUGGAGGGAGGUGCUUUGGCUAUACCGGGUGAGAGGGGUAGGAGUACGGGAAGAGAAAGGGAUAGAAGAGGGGAUGUUGAAAAUGAUGAGGAAAGAAAAGACAAGAAAGCGAAAGAGGUAGAAAGGGAGACUAGAGAAGCGAAAGAGAGAUGGGAAGAAAUCGAGAGGUGCGGAUUGGGAUAUGAAGAUUUUUUGGACGAGUUCUUUGGUAAUGAUUAUAGUGAUUGGAAGAUUGAAAAGUUUAAUUUUGAGGAGGAGAUUGAGGGGCGUCUGCAGAUGGAAUUGGGAGGAGUGAAAUUGGUGGAUGAGGUUUGUGAUGAGGAAGAGAAGAGUGGAGAUGAAUACGAAGACGAAGAGGAGGAGGAGGGGAAAGAAGAAGAGGAGGAAGAGGAGGAGACUGACAGUGAGGAGGAUGAAGAUAACGAAAGUGAAAGUGAAGAAGAGAGUUCCAAAGAACAGAGUGCAGAAGAAGAGAACACCCCCAAACCCGAAGACACAAUAACCCUCCUCCCAUCCGUGUUCGUAGACGAACGAACGAAAUCUCGUUUACACCCCUCAUACUCAUCUUCCUCAUCGACAUUCUCUGCAUAUUUUCCCCGCUCUUCCGCUCCCUCACCUCCACGAUACAAUCAACAGAAGUUUCGAGAAAUUCCUCUAAAAUCCACACCAGUAGCCCCAAAUCCUCCUCGGAUUAUUCAGAGACAGCCGGAUCCAUUACUUCCGGAAUUCGGCUGUCAUUACUUCGUAGACGCUGGUUCGAUCCAGAAUAUAACGGUUAUAUAUCCUGUUACUUCUCUGCCACAGAGUAUGGAUGAUUUGGAAGAGGAGAAGGAGGUUAUUAGAUGUGUGUUGGAGGGAUGGAACAGAGGGAAUAUUGAUAAAUAUGGGCAUCGUCCAUCAAAAAAAGCAUACGCUGCUAUUAUCUACCCCGAUCCACAAGCCCCCCUCCCACGCAAAAAAUUACGCGUAGCACUUUCCUUCACCCCUAUAUAUCCCCCCACCCCAUCUUCCAUAUCCUCCGUUCCCACAACCCAAACUCCUACAAAUCCAGAAGAUAUAACGACAGAUACGUCUAUCUACAUCAGCACUACGAAUGGAUGUACUUCCUUUUCACUGAGUAAUAAUAAUGGAGUUAUGGAUCAUACGAAAUAUAAAGUGAAAUAUGGCAAUCUAGAUGUGCAUGAGAGACACGAUGGGAUUUUGGAGGUGGGGAGGUUGAGGGGAGCAUUGGGGUGCGAAGUAUUUGGGAAGAAAGGCGGAGAGGGAAGAGAGGGAAAGGGAGAUGAGAGGGGAGAGGGGGACGGCACAGAAAACAAGAUAGGAGACGAGGAAGAGUAUUGGGAAAACGAAGAGAUAGAAGACGAGUGGAAAGAUGAUAGUCACGACGUAGGAUGGGGAGAUGAUAAGAAAGGCUAUGAGUUAGGAUUAGAGAAUGGGAAAGAGAUAGAAGGGGGUUGGAUUUGA